AUGUACAAGAAUAUUCUCAAAGCAAUUAAAAAAAGUAAAGAAAAAGUUCAAUAUUCACCAGUUAAACAUUCACCUAUUAUUGAAGAUAUUAUUGAAGAUAUCAGUAAUCAAGAAUAUGAGGAUAAUAUUAAUAUUAGUAAUGAUGAUAGUGACGAAAUUCUUGGUACAGAUAUUAUUAAUGAUGAUAAAUAUAAUGAGGUUAAUAAUUUAUCUUACUUAUUAUUUGUUAUUUUAAUUAUGAUAAUAUGA